GAAUUGUGAAUUCAGUAGCAUAUGACUUGUCGAGUAGGGUGGAUGUAUAUCCACCAGUCCGUCGGUUACAAAUAAAAUAAAGUCAGGGCUUCCAGUGCGUAUUUUUUUGUACUUAUUGGGUAACCGAGUAACCCAAGGGUUACCAGUGCCGUUUGUGAUUCAAUUUUGGAUUUAACAUUGCAAAUCUGGGUUUUCACCAAGAUGGCUACGCAGCGAUGACGACUGGUAAGAAAAUGGAGUCCAAAGGCACCCAGAUCCAUCUGCCCCUGAUAGGGCGUGGCAGCCGGGGUGAGCUGAGCGACAAGGUCAUGUUCUCCCAGGUCAAGUCUCCCCCGGAGCAGCUCAACAAUGGUCAGCUGUUAGGAGGCUCUCAAAUGAAUCUUUGCAACGGCGGGGCGGGAGCUCCGAUCACAGGGUUGGUACCCAAGAUACCCAAUGGUUACGGCGACCAGAAGAAACCCAUGGCGUCUCUCACCCACCUGCCCAAGCGUCCACCAGUAGACAUCGAGUUCUCGGACCUGUCUUACUCCGUAAGUGAGGGCAGGAAGAGAGGGUACAAGGCGUUAUUGAAGUGCAUCAAUGGAACCUUCCGGUCGAGUGAGCUGACAGCGAUAAUGGGGCCAUCUGGUGCUGGGAAAAGUACCCUGAUGAACAUAUUAGCUGGUUACAAAACGUCGAACGUCAGUGGUUCCAUCCUCAUAAACGGAAAGGAGAGAAACCUCAGAAGGUUCCGAAAACUGUCGUGCUACAUAAUGCAAGACGACUGUCUCCUGCCACAUCUCACAGUAAAGGAGGCAAUGCACGUGUCAGCAAACCUGAAACUCGGGAAAGACAUGUCAGUGAACGCCAAGAAGAUUGUCAUUGACGAAAUCCUAGAUAUGUUGAGUUUAGCUGAAGCAUGUGAUACAAGAACGAUUAACCUUUCGGGCGGACAGAAGAAACGCCUGUCUAUAGCUUUAGAAUUAGUGAACAAUCCACCUGUGAUGUUCUUCGACGAGCCAACUUCUGGAUUGGACAGCUCAUCGUGUUUUCAAUGUAUAUCGUUACUGAAGUCUUUGUCCAGGGGCGGCAGAACGAUUAUCUGCACCAUCCAUCAACCGUCCGCGCGGCUUUUCGAGAUGUUUGACUUUUUGUACACCCUGGCAGAAGGGCAGUGUAUAUACCAGGGACUUGUGCCUGGUUUAGUGCCAUUCCUAUCCUCGAUGGGACUGCAUUGUCCGAGUUACCACAAUCCAGCAGACUACGUGAUGGAAGUAGCAACUGGAGAGCACGGGGACUGGGUACACAAGUUGGUGAUGGCGGUGAACAAGGGCAACUGUGGUCGAGGGCAGUCCUCGACGUCAUCAUCCUCGUCCUCAGUACCACAGAACUUCAACUACAACAACCAGAAUAAGAACAACGUUAAGAAGGAGGCUCUAGAGAUUGUGAUAGAUAAACCAACCUGCACUGUUAUAGACAUGUCUGAGCCAACCCUCAACACUGAUAAGGAGAAGCAGAUCGCUCUGCCCAAUGCAACCAACCUGGCGCCAGUAACGUGCACCACAUCCCUUUUAGAUUCCAGCGAGAGUUUCACGAAGAAACCCGUGAACUCCGGCUUCCCUACGUCAGGCUGGAAGCAAUUCUGGAUCUUAUUGAAGCGGACUUUCCGGAGUAUUAUGAGAGACCAGAUGCUGACGCACUUAAGGCUAUGUUCGCAUACAGUAGUGGGACUUCUGAUCGGGUUCCUGUACUACGACAUUGGCCAAGACGCGGCAAAGGUUAUGAGCAACGCUGGCUGUAUAUUCUUUACUGUGAUGUUUACUAUGUUCACGGCUAUGAUGCCCACGAUUCUUACAUUCCCAACGGAGAUGAGCGUGUUUGUGAGAGAGCAUUUAAAUUAUUGGUAUUCGUUAAAAGCGUUCUACUUUGCGAAGACUAUAGCAGAUCUACCGUUUCAGAUAGUCUUCAGUGGCGUGUACGUGAUAAUAGUCUACUUCAUGACGGGGCAGCCGAUGCAGACCGACCGAGUCCUCAUGUUCACAACCAUCAACAUACUCACGGCGCUCGUCGCACAAUCCCUAGGACUCCUCAUCGGUGCCGCAAUGAAGAUAGAAACCGGAGUCUACUUAGGACCAGUCACAACCAUACCCGUAGUCCUCUUCUCCGGCUUCUUCGUCAACUUCAACGCAAUACCCAGCUAUUUACAAUGGCUGACGUAUUUAAGCUACGUCAGAUACGGUUUCGAGGGCGCCAUGUUGUCGGUCUACGGCUACGGGAGGGAAAAACUCCAUUGCUCCGAGGUGUAUUGCCACUUCAGAACGCCGAGUCUGUUCCUCACGGAGAUGAGCAUGGACCAGGCCAACUUCUGGGUGGAUGUGGGAGCGCUAAGCGGUUUCUUUGUAUUUAUUAGAAUAAUCUCCUAUCUAGUGCUAAGGUUCAAACUGAAGAUGAUGCAGUAGAUUCAAAGGCACAAAAAGCGCUUCGUGUUUUAAAGGUGAUAAUGAUUUUUUUCCAUUCAACCCUAACACGGUUAGCGUCAUGGGCGUAACCAGUAAUGUAUCACAUAAGAGCCUUUAAACACGACGUUGCACGGGCGGUUGAAACGCUGAAGAUGCAACUGAAACGAUAAAAACGAAUUAAACUGUCGCAGCCUGUAUAGGUUUGCACGCGUUUAAAGGUCUUGUUAGCAGGUUUGCAUCCAUGAAAACGUUGUGAUGAGUAAAGGGAAAACUAAGAGAAGCGUUAACGUAUGGAAUGAACGUCUGCUCACAGAAAUUGGCAAGAGAUUUAAGAUUGCACUCAUGGUAUUUAGAGAUUGUGUUAGAAAUUGCUACAAGUUUAUUUUAGACGUGCGUCCAUAGUACAAAAGCAGCGUUUUAAUGUACAAGAGCCAAUCUCUAAGCUCACGUUACCAAAGUGCACGCUUUUAACCGCCUAAUGUAUAUUAGCUCUAAGGGAUGAAAAGUUUUAGAAUUGCAGUAGUAUAAGUAUGGGCGGUAACAUACUUUUUAGACGUGAUAUUUGGGGAGAAUUAAGCAAAUAAUUUCGACGUAUUUUGCUACCGGGCACUACAUAACAGGACACAAAUACCCGUCAUUACACACUACAUGUGUCCGAAACUAUAGAAUUCCAACAUAACAAAUAUCCGAUACUAGGUACAAUUGGGAUAACUUUGAUAAUAUAUGUUGUUUCUUCAAGUUUCAAAAGUAUGUUUCCGUCAUGACUAUGUAUGAGAUAACUAUGAAAUGGCUGUCUUAUUGUCGAAUUUCGUAAUUUUUCUUCUGACAGAUUUGAAUAAAUAUGUAUCAGAAGUAAAAUGGUUGAAACAGGGAAUGUCUGGAAGAAAAUGCAGCAUGGAUUUAGAAGGGAUAAACAGGAGGUGUCACAGUGUAGUAUUAGAAUACUGGUAGGUUCAUAUAAUUCCAGUAGCUCGAUCCAGUACAAUUAUUAUUGUAGCGGUAGACUGGAAUUGUCAUGGUGCGUGUUUUUGUAGUAACAAUUGUUACUUCAAACGAUAUCUAAAGGUCUAUUCGCCUUUUUUUAAGUAAUUAUAUCUACUAAUUAUUAGAAAAGCUUUGCGGUCCACUGGACUGCGAGUGACAAACUAUCAGUGAUAAAUCAAUGUAGGUAAUCGAUCGCGCCACGUCCAUUGGCCUAUAACAAUUGCAGGCCAAUGGUCGUGGCGUGAUCAUGGCUACUCAUAUCAUAAAUUAUUAGUCAGUAUAUAAUAGGUUACACUGAAUCAAAAGGUAGCCAGUCCAGUAACUGGAUUUGUUGCUUCAAAUACGAAUAACACUGCGGGAAUCGAAACCAUGUUAACAUGUUUCCAGUUGCAAUAUCGGUGGAAUAAAAUGCUACUGAAACCAUAUGAACCGACCGGAUAAAUAUUACCAAUAUUAGCGAUAUUUUUAUAGGCUUAAUACUAAUAUUUUAAAUUGUGAUGAUGAAGAUGUCCACCAGGCCACUUACGGCAACUGCUUGGUUUAGACUCCUAGUGUGUAGGGGGGCUUAGUUAGUAGGCAUUGAUAUGAUAACACUAUGAGUGCGUUUUGACAACCUUCUUAACGCAGCGGUGUGAUACGAGGCUUCGGCCACGGCUAGUUAGUAACAUAAUAGUGCAGACAUGCCGCUAAUAUAUUAAGCGUUCCAGUACAACAGCGAAACUUCAAUGUGGUAUAAGAAUGCCAUGCUAUUUCAACGGUAUUGACCAUCAAUGGACAUCGCUGUCUUUGACUAGUUUUUUUUGAUCCAUGAAAGCAGUCCAGCGCUGACAUGUCUGUGGGAAAAAAAGCGGGAGACCAUAAACAUUACUGAACGUAUUUGUGAAUUGUGAUAAACAAUAGUUGCCUAAUUUAUUUAAUAUAUUGGAAGGUUUUGGGAGGCGAUAUAAAGCUUCCUUCGGUUACGCCCAUGGUUAGCGAUAAUGCCCGACGUGUUUUGCUAAGGGGCAAUUCACAAAAACGUGGCAGCUUCCGGCAGCGAAACUUAGUAUAAGAGGGCAUAACUUUUAUUGGAUUUUAAAGUUUGUCUACUCAAUGACAUACACACCUACAGAACAUAUUAAUUUGCUUGAUAAACCAGAAGGUUGAGAAAAUAAAGUCAUAUUUACCUCUUACAAGGAAUCUUUCAGUUAAGAGUAAAAAAAUCUUAAAAUCUUGGUUCCAUGAGCAGUCAGACUAGCGACAUAAUAUCAAAGCAUUAUUACUUACCAAUUUUGUCUUAGUGUAAGUUUUCAAGUAAUCUAGUAUGAUAACGGGGUAAACGUAAAUCGGUCAUUUUAUACGGACCGCUACCGAAAGCUGCCAAUCUGCCACGACAGUGAAUUAACUCUAAGCGUUAUUGUAGACAAAACUGACAGUUUUUUAACAAUACCCGUGUCCACGGAACAUAUAUUUUGUAUUGUUAUCAUCUGUCAGUAUUGCAAAUUGUUGAGAAAUUACGCGCCGGCGCAACUAGUUGUUACAGUAGGUUUAAAAUAGUUUUCGAAAUAUAUAGCUUUAUAGAAUGCAGUUCGACUCAGUCGAUAUGUUUCAGGCAAAGUUUUCAUGGGUGGGCAAAGUUGACUCGGUUUGGGUGCCCAACUUUGCACAAAGCCUGUGUGUAGAGUUGCGCACCGUGCCAUAGUGAGACCUUACUUUAUCUUUUUUCGGUAUUUCGACUAAUGUACAUUACUUUGUCUACUAUUGGACAAAACAUUAACAGUAGCCAGGUAAAACCAGCUACAAGUAAUGCCUACACAUAUGUUGAAUGCGCUUCCUCAAAGCACGGAUAUGUGUUGACGUCAUCAAUAACAUAAUGUCUGGCUGUAAGUCGUAAUGUCGGUUGUCAUUUAGUAUACAUAUUUAUUUGUAUAUUAUGUCCUUUUAGUCUUUUAUUAUCAGUUUUGAGUGUGUAUCAAUAUUAUUUAAUUGUUGUGCUUUAUAUACUUGCAAUGAAGUUGGCAUUGAGUAUGACACGCGUAAGGCGAUAUAGUAUAUGAACUUUGCCCAGAGGCACUGUGCUUUGCCCGAGCAGUGCUGACUUUGCCCACCCCGCGGUAUUUGCCCGUAACUGAUAUUAGUCUUUAUACAUAAUUAUUAUAAUAUAAAAGUUAGGUUUAAGGUUUUUUCUAGAUCGGGCCCAUGACUUAAUUUUAAGUUACUUAAAUGAUAUUAUUUGAAUUAUUAUGUAUUUAUGAGAUCACAACGUAGGCUUUUCUACUCGUACUUGUACGCUUGUGUGGGUGAAUUCGUUGAGUGGUACUUGCGGUCUGUCAAAAUUAUUUUUGUGUGAGUGAGUGGUAGGUAAAUUUAGUAAGUUUUUAGAGGGGUUAUCCGUAGAUACAGCUCUUAUUAGCCUGCUAUGUAUUAUAAAGUCCCCUUUAUAUAAUAAAGGGGUCUAUACAAUAUAGACAAAGAUGUGCGAUUUAGUGUCCGGUGCAAUGUCGCGUAGAAACCUAUUAUGGGUAUGACUACCAUACUCCCUAACAUGUUAGCCUGCUACUAUCUUAGACUGCGACCAGGUGGGGUUGCAGUUAAGCGCUAACUUGUAGUGAAAUAAAAAUAAAUAUAUAAUAAAUAGCAAAAGUUAUAGUGAAUGGACUGUAGUACACAUAUUUAAUUACUUACAUUGUACUUGCUUGGAAAAACUUAGUGUAGUGGUCAGCGAUCGUAACGACACGUUUAGCAUAUUACAGCCCCUCUAACUUUAGUUAGUUAAUAUUACUAAAACACGAUUUAAUUUAAAUUUUGGAUUAACGGCAGCUCUUCUUUCCAAAGAAGUAACUUCGUUACUGGGCCAGCGUGAUGGACUACGGCCUAAGUGGGGGGAGAUCCGUGCUCUGUUAUGGGCCGGUAAUGGAUAGAUAUGAUCAACUUUGUUUUUCAACUGGCACUAAAGUAUUAUACUUACUUGAAAGAUAAGGUUUAAACUUUAGGAAACUUAUUUUGUUUU